AUGUCCAACACCAUCGCCUUAUAUCCCUUGUCCAACUUUACCUUCAGCACGAAGGAAGCCCAACCCGAAGAAGACCCCUCCGUCUCAGCGCGCCUCCAACGCCUGCAGAACAACUAUGAAGACUUUGGCAUGCGCCGCACAGUCGAGGGCAUCCUCGUCGUACACGACCACGGCCACCCCCACAUCCUGAUGCUCCAAAUCGCCAACGCCUUUUUCAAACUACCCGGCGACUACCUCAAACCCGGCGAAGACGAAAUCGAAGGCCUCAAAAAGCGCCUCGACGACCGCCUCGCUCCACCCAGCAACUCCCAGCAAUUCGACCAAAACCACGGAAUCGACAAUGAUUGGGAAAUUGGCGACUGCUUGGCCCAGUGGUGGAGGCCGAAUUUUGAGACGUUUAUGUACCCCUUCGUUCCAGCACACAUCACCAAACCUAAAGAAUGCAAGAAACUCUUCCUCGUCCAGAUGCCUGAACGAAAAGUCCUCGCAGUCCCAAAGAACAUGAAACUCCUCGCCAUCCCCCUCUUCGAGCUCUACGACAACGCGGCGCGGUACGGUCCCCAGCUAAGUGCGAUCCCUCAUUUGUUGUCGAGGUACAACUUUAUCUACCAGUAA